CAAAACCCUCAGACACUGUCAAGCCUUCACUUCCAUCUUUUCACGUCUCCGAGGAGUCCGCUACCUUCUUUGUGUCGGCUCAUACCAUUCCUUGAAGAAUUGUUGCACAGUUGGCCUCCACCAUGGGACCAGAAAAAAGAAGGAUGGGACCUCUAAUAAUUACUCUACUGCUGGCAGCAGUAACGGCGCCUACAACCACAACAGAGCCACAAAUUCAGUUGGAAUUUAAGUUGCAGCAAAACUUUACCACAGAACUUACAAACAAGUCCUCUCCAGAGUUCAAGGAAUUAAAUGACAACGUUACCACAGCGCUUAACAUGGUGUUUUCAGCAGAAUUUAAAGCUGCCUUCAAUCGAACUGUCAUCAACGGCUUCAGUCAAGGAUCAAUUGUGGUGGAUGCUUCGCUGAUAUUUAAUGAUGUGACUACACUACCAAACGCCAGUUCUGUGGGUGAAACUUUGAAGACUGCGUCCACCAGCGGUAAUUUCUCCCUCAGUGUCAACGCAUCUUCUAUUAGAGCAGAAGCGGUUGUGCCACCAACUCAACCCACGACAACAAUUGCAACUUCAUUGACACCAACUAAUAUGACCUCAGCACCGUUGAACAUGACCUCACCGGCAAUAAACAUGACCUCACAAGCAGUCAACGUGACCUCACCAGCGAUGAACAUGACCUCGCCCAUGAUAAACAUGACCUCACAAGCAGUCAACAUGACCUCAUCGACAAUAGACAUGACAUCACCAACAGUUAACGUGACCUCACCAGCAGUCAACAUGACCUCACCACAGAUGAACAUGACCUCACCAGCGAUGAACAUGACCUCACCAGCGAUGAACAUGACCUCACCCAUGAUAAACAUGACCUCACAAGCAGUCAACGUGACCUCACCAGCAGUCAACAUGACCUCACCACAGAUGAACAUGACCUCACCACCGAUAAACAUGACCUCACCACUAAUGAAUAUGACCUCAGCAGCAGUCAGCAUGACCUCACCAACAAUCAUGGUGCCUACAACCACAACAGCUGUAAUAACAACGGAGCCAAAAAUUGCGUUGGAAUUUAAGUUGCAGGAAAACUUCAACACAAACCUUACAGAGAAGUCCUCUCCAGAGUUCAAGAAAUUAAGUGACACAGUUACCACCGCGCUUAACAUGGUGUAUCAAACAAAAUUUGGAAAUGCCUUCAAUCGAACUGUCAUCAACGGCUUCAGUCAAGGAUCAGUUGUGGUGGAUGCUUCGCUGAUAUUUAAUGAUGUGACUACACUACCAAACGCCAGUUCUGUGGGUGAAACUUUGAAGACUGCGUCCACCAGCGGUAAUUUCUCCCUCAGUGUCAACGCAUCUUCUAUUAGAGCAGAAGCGGUUGUGCCACCAACUCAACCCUCGACAACAAUUGCAACUUCAUUGACACCAUCUAAUAUGACCUCAGCACCGUUGAACAUGACCUUACCGGCAAUAAACAUGACCUCACAAGCAGUCAACGUGACCUCACCAGCGAUGAAUAUGACCUCACCACCGAUGAACAUGACCUCACCACCGAUGAAUAUGACCUCACCACAGAUGAAUUUGACCUCACCAGCAGACAACGUGACCUCACCAGCAGUCAACAUGACCUCACCACCGAUGAACAUGACCUCACCACCGAUAAACAUGACCUCAGCACUAAUGAAUAUGACCUCACCACAGAUGAAUAUGACCUCACCAGCAGUCAACGUGACCUCACCAGCAGUCAACAUGACCUCACCACAGAUGAACAUGACCUCACCACCGAUAAACAUGACCUCACCACUAAUGAAUAUGACCUCAGCAGCAGUCAGCAUGACCUCACCAACGGUCAUGGUGCCUACAACCACAACAGCUGUAAUAACAACGGAGCCAAAAAUUGCGUUGGAAUUUAAGUUGCAGGAAAACUUCACCACAAAACUUACAGAGAAGUCCUCUCCAGAGUUCAAGAAAUUAAGUGACACAGUUACCACCGCGCUUAACAUGGUGUAUCAAACAAAAUUUGGAAAUGCCUUCAAUCGAACUGUCAUCAACGGCUUCAGUCAAGGAUCAGUUGUGGUGGAUGCUUCGCUGAUAUUUAAUGAUGUGACUACACUACCAAACGCCAGUUCUGUGGUUGAAACUUUGAAGACUGCGUCCACCAGCAGUAAUUUCUCCCUCAGUGUCAACGCAUCUUCUAUUAGAGCAGAAGCAGUUGUGCCAGCAACUCAACCACCGACGAUGAACAUGACGUCACCAGCGAUGAACAUGACCUCACCAGGAGUCAACAUGACCUCACCACCGAUGAAUAUGACCUCACCGCCAAUGAACAUGACCUCACCAACAAUGAACAUGACCUCACCAGCAGUCAACAUGACCUCACCACCGAUGAAUAUGACCUCACGUCCAAUGAAUAUGACCUCAGCAGUAGUCAAUAUGACCUCACCACAAGUCAACAUGACCACAAUGUCCACCAGGUCACCAUCAGAAAAUGCCACCUCUCCACUAGUAAAUGGAACAUCACCAAACAUCACAACUGGUUCUCUGGCGACGACCACAGCUCCUCCAGCACCAGACACAACGAUACAGCUGAGAUUUAGCCUGAUCGAAACCUUUGAACAACAACUUGCAGAUACAACUAGUCAAAAGUUCAAAGAUUUAGCAAACAGAGUAACAGCCGCACUUGAUAACAUCUAUAGAUCCAGAUUUGGGAGAAGAUUCCUUCGAUCUUUGAUACGCGCUUUCAGACAAGGUUCAGUGGUGGUAGACUCUGAGCUGAUUUUUGCCAAUGCCACCUCAGUGCCUGAAGUUAGUGCUGUGCAAACCUCUCUGGCGGAGGCAGCGUCCAAUAGCUCUAACUUCUCGCUGCCAGUGAAUGUGUCAACCAUUGUUGCAAAUGUACCUACACCUGUCAAUGUAACAGACGGCCCAACUGGGGCAACUAAUGCCACAGUAGCCCCAACAGCAUUCAACAUGACCUCACCAGGAGUCAACAUGACCACAAUGUCCACCAGGUCACCAUCAGAAAAUGCCACCUCUCCACUAGUGAAUGGAACAUCACCAAACAUCACAACUGGUUCUCUAGCGACUAUCACAGAUGCUCCAGCACCAGACUCAACGAUACAGCUGAGAUUUAGCCUGAUCCAAACUUUUGAACCAGAACUUGCCGAUACAACUACUCAAAAGUUCAAAGAUUUAGCAAACAGAGUAACAACCGCACUUGAUAACAUCUAUAGAUCCAGAUUUGGGAGAAGAUUCCUUCGAUCUUUGAUACGCGCUUUCAGACAAGGUUCAGUGGUGGUAGACUCUGAGCUGAUUUUUGCCAAUGCCACCUCAGUGCCUGAAGUUAGUGCUGUGCAAACCUCUCUGGCGGAGGCAGCGUCCAAUAGCUCUAACUUCUCGCUGCCAGUGAAUGUGUCAACCAUUGUUGCAACUGUACCUACAUCUGUCAAUAUAACAGCGGCCCCAACUGGUGUCACCAAUGCCACAGCGGCCCCAACUGCAGCUCCUGUUGCUACAGAGGCCCCUGCAUCCACUGAUCCCCCAACAUCCAGUGAGGGAACCCUUCGCCUUCUGUUGAGUCUCAACCGAACAUUCACAUCCGACCUGUCAAACCGAUCCUCAGCAGCGUUUAAGACGUUGGCUGCUGAAGUCAUCCAAGAGAUUAACCGAGUGGCCAGGAUUAUCUAUGCAUCGUCUUUCAGACGCACCCUCAUUAACAAUUUCACGAGUGGAUCAGUAAAGGUUGACACCACACUUGUGUUCCAAGAUAAGAGCUCAGUUCCUCAAGCAAGCACUGCGACUGCACAAUUCAUCAGUUUGCUCUCCAAUUCUUCCCUCGGCAUCGUACCCGGCAGCAUUUCUGCACAGUCCACAUCAACUUCAGGCAGCCCCCCCAUGGCCACAAUGGGCUCACUGGCAGUCUUUUCACUUACACUGCUGGCUGUAGCACAGAUGCUAGUCACCCUGUAACAGACACUGAAGGUAACAUUCAAAUAAUGCAUAAUGAAAUCUAUCAAAGCAGCGUCAUUUGGUAAAAAGAUGUGUAUUAUUUGUCAAAGAUUGAGGCAGUUUUUCCAUGAUAUUAUGCUGGAAUUACAUGUGUUAUAAUUUCAUAAAAAGAGUGUGGACUAAUAUAAUGUUGAUGGUGAAGUCUAAUUACGAGAGACCAGAGACCAGUAAUUAUAAAGACGAUGCAUCCCAGCAUAAACAUGUUGUUUAAGGUUGAUUACUUUAACGACACCACAUUUGCCAUGUGAGAAUAUUGCGUAAGUGGAAAGGUAGAUGAAAGUUUGAAAGUGUCCACCUAUUAUUCUAAAAUAUAGAAUAUGUAUUGAUUGUACUUGCUUAACUCUUCAAAUUGAAUACUGGUACAUUCUGUAUGUUUCCAACACACAGGUUUAUAAAUAUGGGUAUUAUCAAUAUCAACAAUUACUAAAAUGCAUCUUGACUAAAAAUUAUAAUGGCUAAUUGCUCUCGUCUAUAGCAAGUUGUAAAUCGGGUUACUUCAUGAAAUUGCACUCUCUUGUUUCUUGUUCUUCUGAGUUUGUAUACUUAUGGUUGAAAUGCAGUAAUUAUAAGUCACUUUGGAUAAAAGUGUCAGCUAUAGACAUGUAAUGUAUGUAACAAAAGACAUAAAAAUAAUGCAUAAUGAAAUCUAUCAAAGCAGUGUCAUUUGUUAAAAAUAUGUGUAUUAUUUUUCAAAGAUUGAGACAGCUUUUCCACCAUUUUAUGUUACAUGUGUUUUAAUUUUAUGUUAUUAAAAUAACCAUUAAUUACCA